GGUCAUAUUUCUCUGUGAGGUCCAUCUCUUAAUCAGGGCAUUAACAGAUUUUCCAAACCUUUCCUCUUGUCUGUGCUGCUCUCAUGGAAACCCUAGUGAAGGACAGAUUAAUAUUUAAAUAGAAUAUUUCUCUCUGGUAACACUCUGGUACUAUUAACACUUUACAAUACGGUUCAUGAAUAUAAAAAACCAACAACAUUAGCCUAUUAUAUGAACUAACAAUGAACAAUACUGCUCAUACAACUACAUAGUGACAUUUUUUAUUUAUUUUUUAUUUAUUUUUUUCAGUUUACAAAAAUGAGUCUGACCAGUAACAAGUAUCACACAAAGCUCUUUGAUGAAUCUCAUAUGAAAGCAUUGGUAACACAUAAAAUACGGUUAAUUAAUAUUAGAAAAACAACAUUAGUUAACAUGAACUAAUAAUGAACAAUACUUUUACAACACUUAUUAAUCUUGUUUAAUGUACAUUUCAACAUAAUCCUUUUUUAAACUAAAAGUUGUAUAUGUUAACAUUAAUAAAUGUAUUAUGAACUAACAUGAACUAAAAAUGAACAGUUAUUUUCAUAAAUUAACAUUAACCAAAAUUUAUGAAAUGCUGUUAAAUGUAUAUAGUUAGUUAAUAGUCCUCAGUUAGGCAAAUCAAAUUCAGUAAUUACUGAUUACCUAACAGUGAACUACCUCAGUCAUCAGUUCACUAUUACUUGCUGAUUGGUUAAUCAUGUUUCCAUAUUAGUAAAUAGUAGUAACUAAAGUGUUAAUGUAGUACUGCUCAUUUGUCCUGCAUUAAUUCCUGCAUAGUUACCUAUUAAUGACAGACCAUUAUUAUAAAGUGUUACCACGAAAGUUUCAUUAAUGUGGACCAUACUGCCUAUUGUGCAUAGUGUGUUAAGACGGUGUGAAUGUACUUUUUUUUCCAUGUGGACGACCCGGGUUUGAUUCCCCCUUUUGUCCCACUUUUCCCCAUCCUGUUUCCUGUCUCCACUCUUAAUAUUUUUCUUUAAUACUACUUAUAAUAUUAAAUAAAAUUAAUAUAAAGGUGAGAGAAAGGUUUGAUCCGGUUAAAAUUAACCAUGGUUUUACUAUAGUAGUAACAAUGUUUUUUGGCAGAAGCCAUAGAUUUAAUGCAGUUAACCAUGGUGUUACUACAGUAAUAUGGUGUUUAUAUAGUAACCAUGUUUAAUUUUGUGGUUACUAUGAUUUUACUACAAAAUACCAUGGUGACACUAUGGUUAAUGUAGUAAAAUGUUUAGGGGUAGGGGUUGGUGUUGGGUGUUUGUGGAACUCUAAAAAAACACAAACAUUCUGCAUGAUAAUGGGUAAUAAUGGGUGUAAAUAGCAUCUAACACUAUUUGCACUUAGUGCAAAGACGAUGCUUUUUGUUGCUAUUUACACUUUAUAUCGCUAUUUGAACUUAGUGCAAAUAGCCUCUGCCUAAAAUAAUAUAGAGAAAAAAUAGAGAUAACUAUACUUGUUAUUAAAGAACCUUAAAAUCUUGACCCGUAACAUAUUCUCCCUACUGUGAACUUUACUGACCGUUGUCCUCUGAUGCACCCUGCACUACAAUGACUGUACAAGCAAUUCAUCUCAAGGAAGCUCAAGACCUCUUACCUAAGCUUCCUCUACACCAUGCCAGUUACUCUUUUACUUGCUCAUCUAGUGGAGUACAGCAGCCAUCAUCCCAUUAGUGGUAGUUAUUUUAAGAGGCCACCGUUUUAGUAGUACCUGGACAUAAUAGGUUUAGACACUCAGCAUCUUGCUUUCUGCGGAGGCCAGCCUGCAGUUGUCACUGCCGCUGUCCACCUCAUCGCUGGAGCCCACAGUCACCUCAAGAGUUAGAUUGGGGCAGCUACCCCAAAGCAACUGCCUGGACCAGCUUCAGAUCAGAAGGUGUGGGUGGGACUGUUUUCCUACCUCUGCAGGCCACAGCCAUGGGUAACAACCAUGCAAGUCUGGAUGACAUCCUUGCUGAAGAUAUGCACCACUGGUAUAACAAGUUCAUGAGGGAGUCUCCAUCAGGCCUGAUCACAUUAUUUGAGCUUAAGGCCAUUCUUGGACUACAAGGCAUGAAUGAGAAUGCGAACAGCUAUGUGGACCAGGUGUUCUUCACUUUCGACAUGGAUGGGGAUGGAUAUAUCAAUUUUGUAGAAUAUAUCGCUGCUGUUAGUUUACUGCUCAAGGGGGAAAUUAACCAGAAGCUAAAGUGGUACUUCAAACUUUUUGACCAGGAUGGCAAUGGGAAAAUUGACAAGGAAGAAUUGGAGACAAUAUUCACGGCUAUACAAGACAUCACACGAAAUCGAGAAAUUGUGCCAGAGGAAGUGGUGACUCUUAUAUAUGAAAAGAUUGAUGUCAAUGGAGAAGGUGAACUCACACUGGAGGAAUUCAUUGAAGGAGCAAAAGAUCAUCCAGACAUUAUGGAUAUGCUGAAGAAAUUGAUGGACCUCACUCCAGUCCUAGUUAUUAUUGUUGAUGGACGACAGAAACCAAUCAUGGAAGGUUAGGCUGCCUAAACACCAUCUUAAGGACAAAGUACAAUGAAAACAAAGACAUUUCCCCUUCUGAACACAAAAUAGAGCUGAACGUGGAUUGGAAUUGCGUGUUUUACAAGACGUUCGGCAAUCCCCUUUAGAGAACAAUCCAGGGAGAGCUCAGACUAUUGCCAAUCGUGGUGCUGUUCAAUCGCAGAGGACAUACAAAGCCUUGUGUCGGAUUGAUCAUCUAAUGCUGUAAGGGUUUAAGAGGACUGAAGGAAUUGAUGGCAGGAUACUUGCAGGGAGUGAGCAAUGUGGUGCUUUUUGAGGAAAGGCUCAGUGAAGAAUGCUGAGUAUAUGAAUAUAGAUGUACUAAGAAUGCUUAUCCAACUUUCACUGGAUAAACUCAUCAUAUAAUCCAUUUAUUGAGUGAAAAUAUUUAUGGCAUUCAUAUGCAUCACUAUAUUGCUCUGAGAGUGAACUGGGAGACAGUCCAUUGUCUGAAUUCCCCAAAGAACUAAGCAAAUUAAAUGAGAUACAGAAUACCAAACGUAUAGCACUUUAUACAGGGAAAAUGGCUAAUUUGAUGUUACAUUAUGCAGAAGAAAAUUAUAAAAUGCAUUUCCAGCUAUUGCCAUCUUUUUAGACAAAGAACCUUUAAUCUGAUCUAAACACUUGUCAAAAUGCUGAACCUGAAAGUUAAAAUCUCCAAAACUAGCAACUGCAUGUUUCAGAGUCAUUGAUAUAUUUAAAUGUCUUUUUUUCCCUCUAAGAUCACUGUUUAUUAGUUUUAACUUGUUAAACAGACUUGAACCCACUUGAACCCCCCAACAUACACGCAAGGACUAUAAAAGUGCUUUUUCUGUUUUUUGGGGGAAAAUCUAUUGAAAUUCUAUGGAUUAUUUUAAAGAUCCCCUGCUCCCCUAACAAUUAUUUAAAUAGUGUAUCCAUAGUAUAAAGUAAAUAUACACUCACUGAGCACUUUUUCGGGAACACUACGGUCCCAACCUUCUGCUGUUGUAGCCUAUCCGCCUCAAGGUUCGAUGUGUUGUGCAUUCUGAGAUGCUAUUCUGCUCACUACAAUUGUACAGAGUGGUUAUCUGAGUUACCAUAGCCUUUAUGUCAGCACGAACCAGUCUGGCCAUUCUCCGUUGACCUCUCUCAUCAAGGCGUUUUUGUCCACAGAACUGCCACUCACUGGAUGUUUUUUGUUUUUGGCAGCAUUCUGAGUAAACUCUAGAGACUGUUGUGCAUGAAAAUCCCAGGAGAUCAGCAGUUACAGAAAUGUUCAAACGAGCCCGUCUGGUACCAACAAUCAUGCCACAGUAGAAAUCACUGAAAUCAAAUUUUUUCUCCCCAUACUGAUGGUUGAUGUGUCCGACUCAGUCAAUUUGACAUGAAGUUUGAUGCACACCAAAUACAGACUUAAGAACCCUGAUAAGAACAGACUGGCAUGCUGUCAUGAUUUUUAUAAGGCUGAGUUGGUAUCUUCACAAAAGUGCAAGUGAAAAAUGUUUUUGAUUACUCUGCGUUUUCUAAAUGGUGUUAUUUUUUAAUGGAAGCAAGGAACGUUCAAUUCGAAGCUUUGUUACUGUCUAGAGAUGAUGACAUGUUCAUACCUGAAACUGAAGCAUGAAAAUGUACCAUGCAUGUACACUUGCCUCCUGUAACAGUUCUUCUGUAUUUGAUCAUUGUCAUUUUAGACACUUUUCAGGCAGUAAGCAUUAAGUACUGAAAUAAGAUUAUCUUCCUCUACUUUUUAAGAAUCAGGUAAUCUGUUGUCUGGUAUGGAAUAUUUAUGUUGCCU